GAAACACAGCCAGGGAAUGGGAACAACCAGGGGUGGGAACAGCUGGAAACACAGCCAGGGAUGGGAACAACCAGGGGUGGGAACAGCUGGAAACACAGCCAGGGAAUGGGAACAACCAGGGGUGGGAACAGCUGGAAACACAGCCAGGGAAUGGGGACAACCAGGGGUGGGAACAGCUGGAGGAGGAACAGUCAGAGAUACAGCCGGGGGUUUACACCCAUUUUAGGGGUUUACACCCAUUUUGGGGUGGUUUAUACCCAUUUUAGGGGUUUUACAGCCCUUUCAGGGAUUUUACACCCAUUUUGGGGGGAUUUACACCCCUUUUGGGGGGGUCCUGUCCCUGGGGGUGGUCCAGGCGUCCCGGGAAUUCCCAGCUGGAAGCACAACUGUCCCUUUCAGGCCCGGCUUUGGCUCCUAGGCCUGGGCUUUAGCCUGGCCUACGGCAGCAUGUUCACCAAGAUCUGGUGGGUCCACACCGUCUUCACCAAGAAGGAGGAGAAGAAGGAGAAGAGGAAGACUCUGGAGCCCUGGAAACUCUACGCCACCGUGGGGCUGCUGGUGGGGCUGGACGUGGUGACCUUGGUCGUGUGGCAGAUCGUGGACCCCCUGCACCGAACCAUCGAGGAAUUCACCAAGGAGGAGCCCAAGACAGACCUGGACGUGUCCAUCCUGCCCCAGCUCGAGCACUGCAGCUCCACCAAGAUGAACACGUGGCUGGGGAUUUUUUAUGGGUUCAAGGGUCUCCUGCUCCUCCUCGGGAUCUUCUUGGCCUACGAGACCAAGAGCGUCUCCACCGAGAAGAUCAACGACCACCGCGCCGUCGGCAUGGCCAUCUACAACGUGGCGGUGCUUUGCCUCAUCACGGCGCCGGUGACGAUGAUCCUGAGCAGCCAACAGGACGCCGCCUUUGCCUUCGCGGCGCUGGCCGUCGUCUUCUCGUCCUACAUCACCCUCGUCGUGCUCUUCGUGCCCAAGAUGCGGCGCCUGAUCACGCGGGGGGAGUGGCAGUCGGAGCAGCAGGACACCAUGAAAACGGGAUCCUCCACCAACAACAACGAGGAGGAGAAAUCCCGGCUCCUGGAGAAGGAGAACCGGGAGCUGGAGAAGAUCAUCGCCGAGAAGGAAGAGCGGGUGUCGGAGCUCCGGCAGCAGCUCCAGGACCGGCAGCAGCUCCGCUCCCGCCGCCGCCCGUCCAACCCUUCCCGGGAGAACGGCGACAACAACCACUUCCCGCCGGGAUCGGGGGGAGCCCCCGCGGCCCCCCCGGGCGGGGGAGGGGGGACGGGACCCCCCUUCUACCAACCCAACCUGCCCCUGGUGCGCUGCCUCGUGUCCGAGCAGGCCGAGAAGUUGGGACGCGGGAAUUGCGACGGGAGCCGCGUCCACCUCCUCUACAAGUGACCCCUCCCCGGGGGCGGGGCCUCGACAGCUAAUUGUUAAUGAGGGUUUCGGGAUAAUUUGGGGCGUCUCGGAGGUGGUUUGGGGUGUUUUGCUCCUCCGGGAAUUCAAUGGAAAAGUGGGGUGGGAGGGGCUUAGAUCAGGGGCGGGGCCUCUUCGACCAAUUAUUAAUGAGGUUUUUGGGAUAAUUGUGCUGGUUUGGGGUGUUCUCCACCUUUCCAGGAGUUCCAGGUGUUUCCUGGGAUCAGGUGGAAAAGUGGGGUGGGAGGGGCUGAAAUAAAGGGGGUGGGGCUUAAAGAGGGAGGAGCAAGAGAUGACUUGGAAAAGCGGGAAGACCCCCCAAAAUUCCCCGAGGGUUGUCCUGAUCUUCUCUACAGUCAAAGCCCACAGUUAUCCCAGAAAUCCCACAGCAUUCCCAUAAUCCUACAGUUAUCCCAUAAAACCUACAGUUAUCCCAAAAACCUGACAAUCAUCCCCAACCCCCCCCCCAGUUAUCCCAAACACCUCACAGUUAUCCCAAAAAUCCUACAGUGAUCCCAUAAAUCCCACAGCAUUCCCAGAAACCCCACUCAUCCCAAAACCCCCAGUGAUCCCACGAAUCCUACACUCAUCCCACACCACUCCUGGUGCCUUCCCACCCCCUCUCCACCCGUAGCAAUUCCCAUCCCUCCCCUAUCCCAGGAACCCCCAUAAUCCCCUGUAGCUCCCUGACCCUGGGAUCCCAUUCCAGGGUUGUAUCCCAUGGGAAUUCCCUGGGAAUCCCCAAAGUUUUAGGUCUGGGCUUUGUCUCCAAUCCAGGCUUUGAAUCCACGCAGGGUGUUGUUCCCAAUACCUUGGGAAUGGGACGGAUCCAGAGGGCGGGUUUUUGGGAUGGGGGUGGAUCCAGUGGGAUCAUCUGGAUGGAAUUCCACGAGAAUUCCCAAAUUCCCAGACUGUUGUAUCCGGGUCCGGCCCCUCCUGUACAGCCGCACUUUACUGGGAAAACCGGACUCCUUUCCUUCUUCC